CAGGCUCUCUCUCCCACCCUCUCACACAUUCUUUAGUGUGUUUGUGUCUGUGUGUCUGUGUUUGUGUGUGUGUGUGUGUGAGGCAGUGUGAGCAUCGCCCUUCGCACCACCCCCUCGGAUCCUCUCUCCUCCCGCGCCGGCAUGGAACUCCCCGCCUACACCUUCUGCCACCCUCCUGAGAAGCCAAGGAGGAAGAGCCAGACGUUGAACUUCUCAGAGGAAGGGUUCCCAGUUGUGCGGCCCUUGGGGUGGUCCAGACAACCGCUGGUGAACGACACCCAGGAAAACUAUGACAACUCCGGAGCCUGUUACGCUUGCGUCAAGCAAAGCACCGGACCAACACCCGCAUGGCUCAAAUUUGACCGCCAGGUGUUGCGGUUUUACGGGUUUUUCAAGGAGCAGGUGGACGAGAGAGUGGAGGAGAAUACGCGAUUCCGCAAGUGCACAAUCUAUUUCUACCUUGCAGAUGGCAUGAUCCACAUUGGGGAACCGGCACAAAGAAACAGCGGAAUUUACUUUCAGGGAGUGUUUUUAAAGAAGCAGAAGGUGCCGAAUGGACGAGGAGGUUUUCUGGAGCCAAAGGACUUUCAGCUGGGGAGGGACAUCACCAUCUACAGCCAUACCUUCCACAUUGUUGGUUGUGAUGUUUUCACAAAGAGAUACUUAAUGAAGCAAAGGCUGCCUGUGGGAGACGAAGAGCCCUGGCCAAAUGAGCCUCUGGAGGAGUAUCGGGCUCAUUACCGGACUUCCAUCAAGCCUCACCAAAAGGAGUAUGCCCUGCGCCAAUUCCUAGACCUUGACGGCAAAGUGCUGCGAUUCUUCUGUGUGUGGGAUGAUCGAGCCGUUCCUUAUGGUGAACGCCGCCCUUACGUGUUGCACUACUUCUUGGGCGAUGACACGAUUGAGAUCCUGGAACUGCAUGAGCGCAACAGCGGGCGCAUGAAUUUCCCCAUGCUAAUCAAGCGCCAGAGAAUAUCCAAAGAAACUCCUCACGACCUCCUGAGCCAGAAAAAGAUUUGUGGAGAGAAGGAUUAUGGACCCAAGGAUGUGUACUAUCGCGACACAGACUUGCACGUAGGAAGCUAUAUCCGUGUCUUUGAUCGCGACUUGCUGUUGCACGAUGUUGAUGAAUUUACUCGAAAUUACUACCGCACCAAGUAUGGCUACACUGAAGACAUGCUUGCGGCCAUUGAUGUCCAGGAGGACGGUCCCGAAUUUGCAAGGAUGGAGAUUCCUGAACACAAUGGCAUAGGAUCCGAGGCAGAUAGCUUGAUGAACUGCAUAAUGUUGGUUCCCAAGGCACCCCAGAAGGAUUUCAUCAAGUUUAUCUACAAGGACGGCAAGAUCUUAACUUUCACAUGCAGAAUGGUAGAAGACCACACCCACAAGGUUCAUCCGGUUGACAAGACGCGGAUGAUGGUUUUCCAAUAUUUCCUGUCGGAUGAUACAAUUCAAGUGUUCGAACCACCAGCCCGAAACUCCGGCUGCGUGUCUGGAAAAUACAUCCAACGGAUAGCGGCGCCGCGAGCUCCAGGCACCCAACGACCUUACAACGCCGGCGACUGUUACAUGGACCAGAAGCUCUACCUCUUCGAUCGGAUCUUCGAGCUCAUGGAGGCCGAUGAGUGGACUCUCAAGUGGAUGGAGGAGGACCCGGCAACGUUUCCGCUUGCGAAUUACGAAUUUGUGGCCAACAAGAUUAAAGCAGCAAUCCGGGGGUUACCAGCAACGCAAUCGGCAGAGCUGAGCAAGAGUAUCAGAGGGCCUGAUCCACCUGCUUCACCGCCUCCGAGGAACCCAUGCAAUCCAAUGCCGCCUGUGUCACCAUGUGGCAACAAGUGUGCGGAGAUGGCCACUCCUCCCUUGUCUUCAAAACGGCCCUGCUCUCCUCCAGACCCCAUCUCACAAAGCCCACCUUCAUGGCCGAAAUCGCCCUCCGCAUCACAAUUAAACCCUGCUGAAUUCAAUCCUAUUGUUAUAAAAGACCUGUUGGCUAAGUAUCAAAUUAACAUCACCAAACAAGAGGUUUCCACUUUGGAGCGUUAUUGUAAGAGAAGCAACCAGUUUCCUAAUGUUUAUGCGCUUCUCAAAUCCUAUUUUUAACCCGUGAAUACAAGAUAUUAGAGAUAUUUGAAAGGGGGAUUUUUAUUCAUAUAACCUCUUCUUAGGUUUCAUAUCAUUGUUUUAUAAGAUGAGAUAUACUUCUUCUAACUUCAAUGUUGCACCCUCAAAUAUUUUUAAAAAUUAGUUGUUUACUAGUGAAUUGAUUCUUUGUUGUAGGCAAGGUAAAAAUGCUAAGUAUGACUAUUAUAUGAGUAUUGUAAUAUGGCUAUUAUAAUAUUGAUUAAAAUUUCAAUUAUUGCAUUAAAAA